AUGUGUAGGAUAAUUCGAUUCAUCCUACUAUUGAUGGCCAUGAGGACCGAUUGGUCGGCUGGUUUUCAGCCUUUAUCGAACAAUCCAACAAGGCUUUCUCGCUUUGCCAAGAAGACGAGACAACAAACCUCCAGCAGUACCGGUGGUGAAGGCAACACACAAGACGACUGGAGAGCCUUUCGUGCCAAACUUGUGCAGGGAGAGAACAGCAAGGAUCUGCCAUCAUCACCAUCGUCAUCUUCAUCAUCUCCCAAGUCGUGGACGUACGAUGCUGGCAUGUUGAUUGAAAGGGGUUCCUUGGUGGUCAGUCGAGUCGAAGACAGUCUGGGGUGUCAUGAUUUGCGACAGCCCUACUUUGCCAAAUGCGUCGUGUUGCUAGUCGAACACGAGGAAAAUGAAUUCACGCAGGGGAUUGUACUCAAUAGACCGUCCAAUCUCAAUCUGAAGGAUCAAGAUAUUGUCUACUACGGCGAUGACGGCGAGCAAGUAUUUGAAGACGACGAUGGUGAUGAUGAUGAUGAACAUAAUGGUAGUGGUACCGAUACUUCCUGGCGCAUGUUUUUUGGUGGUGAUAUUGCUGGGCUGCACGAUGAGUUUGAAAACCCUCUCAUUGUGUGUUUGCACAAUGAUACUUCAACGGUGGCUAAGAGUGUUUCGGAUGAAGUCUUGCCGGGGGUAUACUUGACUAGUCAUUUGGGGGCCCGUGCCCUAUUGGACGAAGGUUCACUGACCCCUGACGCUUGCUUUACAUUUUAUGGAUUUUGUGGUUGGGAUCCAGGGCAAUUGGAACGAGAGGUAAAACGAGGUUCCUGGAGUAUUGUUUCGGUCGAUUCCGAUACUCUAUGGUCUGACUUGACAACCUUGCGACAAUCUGACAAUGAUCCGCGAGAGGUAGGACUGGACAUGUGGAAACGUAUCGUGGGAGCUUUGGACAAGCAAAGUAACGACCAAGAGGAGGACGAUGAUUCCCCAGAGCAAGAAGGGCAGGCUGUUAGUGACUUUCAAGACUUAAUGCUCAAAGAAUGGGCCACCAAAAUGCUCAUGGUACCAGAACCAGAUAUGGAUGAGACCUAUGUGGAAGAUACCGACAUUUAUCAAGCCAUUCGAGCAUCUGGCCAAACCUCGCAAAUUCAAACGGGUUCUCUGCUACGAGGAUCUUCGCAAGAAGAAUCCCCUUUCCUGCUACAAGAUCAGUUUUUUCACAAAUCCAUAUUGCUGCUCUUGCAAGAAUCUGACGAUGUGUCCGUUGGAGUAACCCUUCAUUUGCCUUCUAGUGAUGGUAUCGAAAUCGACUUGUCAGAUGGUACCAAGGUUGUGUUUCCCAUCCGAUUUGGUGGUCCUGAUGGACGAGGUGACGAAGAUCCACUUCUUUGGUUCUAUUUUGGUACUCACAAGGUUGGACAGAUUUUGGGGGGAAACGGCUGCCUCCAGACAUGCAGUUACGAACAAGUAGUUGACUCCUUGGCAAAUGGCGUCGCCACAACUCACAACUUUUUGGUGGUUCAAGGUUUUUGUACAUGGCAGAAAGGAGAGGAAGGAUCUGGUGGAAUCAAAGGAGAAGUUAUUGAUGGCAAGUUUGAAAACAUUUCUAGUCAUACGGCCGUUAAGGUUUUGUCGCAUCUUGGGCAACAGAAGUUGAUCACAGACGAUUCACUGCGCGAUAAUUUCUCCAGCAUCUUAGGAGCUUGGGAGGAAGGCGGAAGUAACCAGCUGGAAGGUGACGUUGUGAAGGGUCGCUGCGUUUUCGGCAGCGACAUGACUGUCGCCAACCUCUCAGACGAGGCACUUUUGACUUGGAUCAAAAUAUUUCUUCUUGGAAAUGCUGAGUAUUACAGAUGA